AUGAAAGGAGCAUUACCUUCUCUGGGGAUGUUUCAUGCUGAUUGUAACAAGUCGUACUUUACUUGGACUCAAGAGAAUAUGAAUGCGGUAAGACAAACCUAUUUCUACGUGAGUAGUGUGCGCUUUCGUGUACUCGCUCAUAGGGUAAUCACGAUUUUCCUCCAUUACUGGUAUUCCCAAAGUAUAUUCUAUAACUUCUGA